AUGGUCUGCCUGCGCAAGUGUGCAUCCUCUUUCCUCUUCUACCUCAAGAACUUGAUCAUAGCUGACCUGCUGAUGACCGUGACCAUACUAUUGAAAACCCUCAGUGAAGCCAGUUUCGCGCCGAGGCAGCUGAAAAUCAUCACCUGUCGGUACUCCAGUGUGGUCUACUACUUCACCCUGUACAUCAGCAUUAUCCUGAUGACGCUCAUCAGCCUGGAUCGGUACCUCAAAAUCGUGCGCCCGUUCGGGACGUCCUUCGUGCGGAACAAAACCUUCGGCAAAACGGCGGCCGUCAUCAUCUGGGUUGCGUUAUUUUCUACGACGGCCAUGCCGAACAUGAUACUGACCGACCCGAGACGGGACAACGCCUCCGGAACGCUCAACUGUAUCUGCCUGAAGGAAGCCCUCGGCCAGGACUGGCACUACGCAGUGAUAAAAAUCAACAUGGUGAUUUUCUGGGUGUGCUUUGCUGUGAUGGUUGUCUUUUACUUGCUAAUAAGCAAGGAGAUUUACGAGUCUUAUCGCAGAUCCCAGAGUAACAACAAAAAAGACAAAAGGCGCGCCAAGACGAGGGUGUAUGUCAUCAUCGUCGUGUUCUUCCUGUGUUUUGCACCCUAUCACUUUGCUAGAAUACCUUACAUUCUGAAGACUCCCGGGAGGAGCUGCAGCCUGUCCAAAUCCCUGCACUUAGUGAAAGAAUUUACACUCUGGCUGACUUCAACUAACACCUGCCUGGAUCCCCUCAUUUAUUUAUAUUUGUGCAAAUCCUUUCGGAGAAGGUUCAUCCGGACCGUGAGCAUAAGAAGCAGCCGGCCAGUAAAAACGAAUUACUCAAAGGGCCAGGAAGUCUCUUCAAACUACUAUGAGACGUCCAUGUAA